AUGUGUUGCAAUUGUAGGGGCGACCACAACGCCUCUUUGCGCCGCUGCCCUGCUCGGCCCAGGCCCGUCAGGGAGCCACAGACCCCCGGUACCACUGUCGGCCCCUCCAGAGUGGUUUUUCGGCCUGUCCCAGCUCCGCAACACAAUGCUUGGGCAAAUGGCGCCCCGUCCUGGUCCGACUUCCCUGCUCUGCCUCUGCCAGCCGCCCAGCCAUCAGCAUUUCCGCCCCUGUCUGGCACAGCUGCCCCAUCCCAGUCUGGGGCGGCUCACCCUCCCGUCCCUGCCACAUGGCCACUUGUCCCUGUGCCACGCAGGACUGCCUUUUACCAUGCUGCUGUGGUAGGGGCUGAGGAUGCAGCCCCCGCAUCGCAGGCUGGCGUGCCUGCAACCCUCCAGGACGUGGUGCAGCUCCUGCUGGGAGUCCAGGCCAAGAUCAGGGACUUGACGCCCCAACCUGCCCACAAGAACCAGCCCCAGAGUGUGCCGGCCAGCCCCCAGCCCCAACCAGUGUCUGCUACUGUCCAGCCUGCCACAGAUAACAAGCCCCAGAGUGUGCCGGCCAGCCCCCGGCCCCAACCAGUGUCUGCUACUGUCCAACCUGCCCCAGAUAACAAGCCCCAGAGUGCGCCAGCCAGCCCACGGUCCCAGCCAGUGUCUGUCCCGGUACAUCCUUCGCCCCAGUCUGCCCCUGAUAGCCAGCCCCAGAGUGUGCCGGCUAGUUCUCGGCCCCAGCGAGUCCAGCCACUGGCCCCAGUACAGCCACCGCUCCCGCCGGCCCCAGCCUAG